AACAGACAGAAGCUAGCUCCAGUUAGCUAAGGCUGCCAACACUACUUCAAGCUAUACAUCUCUAAAAACGCGUAAAUUUUUGUUGUUUUGUCAGCAAAUUUUUGUCGCAGCUCGGGUUUUCCCUGCAUGGAUAUGGUUGCAAGCGAGCCAUAUACCGUGCACUCAAUAUGCCGCCUCUGUCUUACGUACCUGGAGCAGAGUUCCGCCCACGAUCUGUUUCUGGAGCCAGAUCUGGCCAAAAAGCUAACCCUGUGCACCUCCCUCGAUGUGGACCAACAGGAUGGGUUACCCCGGAGCAUCUGCAAUGUAUGCUUUGGGAAAUUGAACGACCUGCAGGAGUUUCAAAAAUUAUGCCAGGACUCUGUGCACCGAUUCAAGGGUAUGGUGGCAGCCAACAGAAUCGUCACAGUAGAAUUGGCCGAACAGCCAGCGGAGGUGAUUGUGGGGCCGGAUUCCAGCUAUGAUCCGCUGUUAAAUCACAAGCUGGAGAUGAUUGAGAACGAGGAGGAGGUCUUCAAGAUGCUCGUGACGGUGGACAAGAGCGCUUUCACUGACUACACAUCCGAGGAGAACGAUGACGACGAGGAGGAGGAUGGCUCUACCGAUGACGAACUUCCAUUGGCCCAUCGUUUGCUGGGCGAAGAGACGUCCAAGGAGCGAGCAAAGCGGAAAAGGAUUCCGCCAGAGGAGCGUCGCCUCCGCCGUAUCAUCACCUGCACCAUCUGCCAGCAAAAGUUCAAGAAGCAAUCGAAAUUCGACGAGCACAUGAAGUACCACAACGACCUCCUGCCCUUCCAGUGCACAGAGGAGACCUGCAAGAAGGGCUUCACCACAGCCGGUGCACUGCGUCUGCAUGUGGACUAUGCGCACACCAGGAAAGUCGAUGAGAUACCAUGCAGCGUGGAGGGCUGCAAGCUGCUUUUUCCCCGCCUGCGGCUGCUCACCAUUCACCUGAAGAAGGUGCAUAACCAGACGCGGGUGAGCGCCCCGCGAGCGGAGCAGCCAUGCACGGAGUGUGGCAUUGUCUUCCGCUGUCAGGUGGCCCUCAAGAAGCACAUGUACAAGCACACGGGCGAGGAGCUGCCGUAUCCGUGCAACAUCUGCGGCAAGGGAUUCCACAUCAACAGUGCCCUCAAAAACCAUUUGCUGCGGCAUGCGGGCAUCAAGAACUACGUCUGCCCGUACUGUGGCGUGGGCAAGACGACACGACAGGAAUGGAGCAAGCACAUGCUGACCCACACCCAGGAGAAGCAGUUCAAGUGCGCCACCUGCGACCAUGCCACGCACACAAAGCGAGCGCUGGACAAUCAUGUGAAGAUCGUUCACGAGAAGGUCCGUAACUUUGCCUGUCAGUACUGCGGGAAGACGUUCGGCAAGUCGCAUGCCUGCAAAAUCCAUGAGAUGACACACACGGGGGAGAAGCGGUGCGAGUGCAAGGUCUGUGGCAAGAAGUUCCUGUACACCGAAAGCCUCACAAAACACCUAAAGAUACACGAGAAGAGCGUGGAGCGUGCCUUGGAGACGUAUCGCCAGCGGCAGGGAGAGACCAGCGCCGACCAGGAUCAGGUCCAAGUGGAUGCCAAUCAUCUGAUGAAAGUCUGCGCCGAAUCGGUGGCCACAAUACCACGGGAUCCGCGACGCGUGGAGCGCGUUGAUAUGGCCCAAUUAGCGGGCACUGUGGUGAACCCCAUACCCAUCGUGUCGUUGCCCUCCAGUGCGCCGCCCCAGGCAAAGUUCGUCCAGAAAGAGGGCAUGCAUCUGUGCCCGGGCUGCAAUCAGGGAUUCAACAACUUGGGCAACAUGAAGCGACACUACAAGAGCAUCCACGAGAAGGUCAAAGACUUUGAGUGCCGCUUCUGCUCGCGUCGCUUCGCCAACUCGCAGUCGCUCAAGCAGCACGAAUGGAUACACACGGGCGAGAAGCCAUACGCCUGCAAGACCUGCGGCACCCACUUCCGCCAGGAGGCGGCUCUCAUACGCCACCAAAAGGUGCACGACGAAAAGCCACCCCGGCCAGCGAAACCGCCCAAGGAAAUCACAGACAAGGCGCGCCAGAAGCUGCUGCAGAGAUGCGAACGCAAGCGCAAGGUAGAGGCACUGCGUCAGGAGAUAGCCCAGGCAGCCAAGGAGGAGCUGAGGGACUUGGAAAAGCAGCGGGCCCUGGAGAAGGAGCAGAAUACCUAUGAAAAGUAUCAGGCAGCGGCAGAGGCGGUGGAGAGCACCUCAACUUGAAGUUGGAGGCCCUCCCAGAGGACUUGUUUGGUUGCAGACUGAGCAGAAAGUAUUGUUGGUUAAUAUUUAGCCCAUUAUUACAGUUAUAAGCUAAUUUUAAGAGGUGUCGGUGUCCGGUGUUUGAGUUUUGGCAAAAUUCAGGAUUUAAGCUUUUGCGAUUUUUUUGUAUUUUUUACUUUCACUUGCUUGUUAUUUUAUGAGAGAGUGGUUGAAUGUCGUCAAAUGAUUGCAAACCGUGUGGACACAACCGGAAAGCCAUCCGGAGGUGUCCCCGCCAGUUCAUAUGAUAGAUGGAGUGAUGGAUGGAUGGAUGGAUGAUAAUGAGAUUAGAUUAAAAUGAUACAAAAGUGUGAUCAAAAUAAAUCUACAAGUAGAUAGCAAAAUUUUGGUAUAUCAAGAAGUGUUCUAAACUGUGGAAAAUGUGAACCGAUUUGGCCACGCCUGUGUCUGCGUCUAGGGUGCCUCUGGCGUCUUCAAAUUGUACUUGGCCUU